GCCAAAAUAAUGAUAUGCUUUUGUGUGGAUGUUUUCUGAGGUUAUAGUUUCUUCAGUGGACCGGGUGGCUGCUUUCAGUUUCGAUAGCGCGUUAGAGUGGGACGUACACUUCCUGCUGUUCAAAUAAUGCGAAAGAUACCACAGUCUCCUUCGUGAAAUGACGCUUUUAAAACAUCCAAGAAUCAGACUGACUGAAAUGAAGCGAUGAAACACAGCAGGAUGAAGAAACGAAGCUGUAAGAAGAGAAAGCAGACGGGGUCUUCCUCCCACUCUAAACAUAAGAAGAGGAAACGAGUCGAGAGACAAAACUGCCCUAAAACACUGCCAGCACAAAACAACACUCUGAACAAAAACCAGCUUCCCGUUACGUGUGGCUAUAAAGAAGGUGUCCUGUAUUUGAAGAAGUUUUAUAAUAAGCAGAAGUGCAUCUUCAGUGAGGAACAGUGGUUCAAGCCCACUGAGUUUGAGAGGUUUGGUAUGAAGGAGAAGAACAAAAAGUGGAGGACCAGCAUCCUUUGCAGUGGGAUUCCACUCCAGAGACUCAUAGAGGAUGGAUUUCUUUCAGCUACAACCUUUAAAAAAAGCAGAGUUCAGGAUGCAAAGAAAAAUAGAAGUCAAGUGGGUUUGAAAAAACAGGAAUCACAUGAAAGGAUUGAAAACAAUCAAGACGACGAUGACAAUAAUGAUGAUGAUGAUGAUGAUGAUGAUGAUGAUGAUGAUGAAGCUACUGACAUGGGCGUCUUUGAAGGUCCAGUCCUACCUGUUACCUGUGGUUCUGAUUCUGGCAUUCUACACAAGUAUCGAUUUUCCACAGGGCGCUGUGGGAGAUGCAUAAGAACAGAGAACUUCUGGCUGACGCCUGAGGAUUUCAUCAAAUUGGGCAAACCAGAGGGAACAUGGAAGAAAGACAUCGUGUCCCACGGAGUGCCUCUUGGGAAGCUUAUAACGAAGAGAGCUUUGGAGCCACAUGCAGUUAACUGUGAUUGUGAGAUCUGCCAAGAACCGGAUCAGAACCUACUGAAUGAUGACGUGUGUUUCGAGUGUAAUUCUGAGGGAGAUCUUGUGUGUUGUGACGAGUGUCCGCGAGCUUUUCAUUCGCUCUGUCACAUACCGGCUGUACAUGGAGACUCAUCCGGAAGCCAAUGGAGCUGCACAUUUUGCGUGAUGAAGACUGCGAAAAGAUCUGCUCAGAGGACCCAACAGGAUGUUUUGAGCAGUCCAGUCUCUCAGUACACACUGCACUGCCAGUAUCUGCUGCUACACCUGCUACCUCUUGGUGUGCAUGCGUGUGACGUCUACACUGCUGGUGCCCAGGGUCCGGGAGACAGUGAGAACAUCUGUGGUCCCAUGAUGCUGGGCAGAGUGAAGCUGAACCUGGAGAACAACGACUAUCAAACAGUGCAAGAGUUUAUCAAAGCUAUUGAAUACGUGUUCCACCACUGCACCGCCAACAGGGAUAAUGACUUCAGUAGGAUGACAUCUAGGCUUAAGGAACUGUUUGAAAGCGUCUUUGAGCCCUUGUGAUAUCACGCUCUAAAAAGCAGUCCUUUGUAUAAAUACAGUACGACAAAUAUUUAUAGAGCAUCACAAAGGCUUUCAGUUGUAAACAAUUACUUGCAGUGCAUUCAACUCACCGCCUUUUGAAAAAAAAAGUUUAAUUCCAAGUAUAUGAUGUACAUGAUGGGUCCAAAACCGAUAUGUUUUUCGUUGUUGCUGCUGUUGUUUGUGUCUUGCAUUGAAUGUGGUGAGGUGGGGAAUAUUUAUUAGUAUUCUUCUCAUUAAGGUAAAUAAAACAGCAAUGGUUAUCUCAUAAAACAGAAAAAGAGAAUGUCUGUUAGUGUGUGUGUGUGUUUCGGCUUUUUAAAUAUGCCAAAAGUAUUACUUAUGUUUUUAUAAUCGCCUCUCAUUUGAUGCUGUCAAAAAAUAUGGCACUUCCCUGACUAGGUUUUUCUGUGUCAGAAGUGUGUAGGACGGAGAUACCAACCAGUAGAUACCAUUUCUAUUCAAGUAAUACAGACGUUUCUUUUAAAAAUUUGUUUUGCAAUUUAUUUCUAAUGCCAGUGGCAGGAAAUGCGCGCCUUAAUGACUGUGUCAUUUUUUUUUCUGUGAAACAAAGGUUAAAUAUGUCCGGAAUACCUAUAAUGAAGAAAAAUUAAUUUCUGUUCCUCUGUAAGGUAGUGAUUUUCUAUUAGUUUGCCUAGCGGUCAAAAUGAGAUAUCACCAGGGGUCCUGGAAGAAAAAGUCAUAUGUACCUUAAAUAUACAGGAUGGGGAUUCACAAGAAACCAUAUAGUGAGGUGUUUUCAAGUUGCUUUCCUUUUGUGGAAGAGUACAGCUGUUAUCGGUUUGUAACCUUGGGUGAGACUAAGAUGAAAAAAAGUGGAGGACCAUGCAGCAAACUGUGUAUUUCUGUAUGGCUGUCUGACCUUCUUUGCGACGAAUAAAAUCUUUAA